UAUUUCUCAUCUUUCACAAACUCUCGAGUUGAGAUGGACUACACGUGCUUCUGUGUGCUGUUCAUAUGCAUUUCAUAUGUUAGUUCAACAAAAUUACAUUAUGAUGCUCGAGUGACGGUGAAAACAGAAGGUAUAACCAGGUUUUCUUUUCAAAACAACAAUAAUAUUAAUUUGGUGAAGCUCGUCAACUCUGGUAAACAAACCAUAUGGGUCGGAGGAAACGAGAGCCUCUAUUCCAUCACCCAAGAACGACCCCCCAGUCCCAAACAGGUGAAUGUGACUCUUUUUAAGGAAGAAAGCAAAGAUUCAGGCACUUCUCACUGGUCACACAGGAUCUCUCUGCUCAGUGUUGAUCGAGAUCUCCUGUUCAUCUGUGGAUCAUAUGAUGGAAAUACACAGUGCUGUAACUUGAAUUCCAGCUAUUAUCCGAUCAAGUGCUUCACGUCAGAAAAUUAUGAGCCAGAUAUCAAUGAGCCGUCAUUACUUGUUGGUAAUAUGCUGUACUUUACCAAAUCUGAGAAGGGACUGUACAGGAUAAACAAGGACAACAAAAACGACAACAUUUGGUCUCAGUCGCCUCAAGCGGAGCAAACAUACUUGAAGCUGAUCACUGGUAGAGGCCAACACAGGGAGAAAGUUUAUUCCUUCUUCGCAGAGAAACACAAAAGUAGAGACGGCGAAUCUGAGCAGUGGAUUCCACGAGUCUCUCAGAGCUGCAUGAACGACAGAGGAGGUUCAAAGAGUCUGCUUCAGAGCAGCUGGACAUCCAUGAUUUUCACCCGUCUGUUCUGUGGCAGAGGAUAUGAAUUCACUCAGAUGAUCGAUGUGGCCACGCUGGAAAUGGACAACGACACCAAAAUUUAUGUGCUUUUCAGAAACUACUGGAACAUGAGUGCUGUGUGUGUUUAUAACAUGACUGAAAUCAGCAACAUCUUCAAUUCCUCCGAGUUCAACUCCACAAAGGUUCCUGUGAAUCACCGGCCAGGAACGUGUGUUAAGGACAGUACUCGUCUAAGCAGUGAAGUGCUGGGGUUUAUGAAGGACCGCCCAGAGUUGAAGGAUUGGGUGAAGCCAGAGAACGGCCCCAUGCUGUUUCAACACCAACAUUACACUCAUAUACAGGUGGACCGAGUACGAGACCACACCGUCCUGCUUUUGUCUCUAGAAAGUGGAGGGGUUCAUAAAGUGCUGGAAGUGUCCGUUGAGCAACCUGUUUUUAUCAUUGCGGAGUAUCUGCCAUUUCCACAAGAGACGCACAUCACCAGCAUGCUGCUGGACGCUUCGCAGAAGCGUCUGUAUGUGAGUUCCAGUAAUGAAGUUGUUCAGAUUGACCUACAGACGUGCAAUAUGUACGGAAAUGACUGUAACGAAUGCAAACUCUCUCGAGACCCCUACUGUGGUUGGAAUGGAUCCCACUGCACCGCUGCAGCAGAAAACCAAGUCCAGGAUUUUGGAGACUGCAAAAAGUCUGAAGCCACACCAAAUACUAAAAUCCACGUGCCUCCAUCAUCGAAGCACUUCUUGCAAUGCCCCAUGAUUUCACACCACGCCACGUACCACUGGGAACACGGUAAGACGCGUGAGGAGUGCGUCCAGUCUGAUAAGGGCUGUCUGUAUCUCAUUGAAAGCAUGAACAAGACUCACGAAGGGACGUACAGAUGCAUGUUUUCAGAGGAAGGCUAUCAGAGGACGGUCAUACAAUACAAGCUCAGCAUGAGCCGCUCAGACGCGCACAGACUCACUCCUGUGCUGUUACCCAGCUUCUUACUUCUGCUCACAGCCUUUCACAUCCUGCUACUGAACUCAUACUUUUGAAAGGAUUCCUUGAAGUUGCCAUCCACAUCCUAUUUAAUAAUAUUACCAGUUUUUAUUGAUUAUUAUUGCUAUAUGUGACCCUGGACCACAAAACCAGUAAUAAGGGUAAAUUUUGAGAUUUAUACAUCAUCUGAAAUCUGAAUAAAUAGGUUUCAAUUGAUGUAUGGUUUGUUAGGAGGACAAUAUUUGUCUGAGAUACAACUAUUUGAAAAUCUGGAAUCUGAGGGAGCAAAAAAAAACAUCUAAAUAUUGAGAAAAUCAUCUUUAAAGUUGUUCAAAUGAAGUUCUCAGCAAUGCAUAUUACUAAUCAAAUUAAGUUUUGAUAUAUUUACAGUAGGAAAUUUACAAAAUAUCUUCAUGGAACAUGAUCUUUAUUUAAUAUCCUAAUGAUUUUUGGCAUAAAAGAAAAAUCAAUAAUUUUGACCCAUACAAUGUAUUUUUGGCUAUUGCUACAAAUAUACCCCAGAGACUGAAGACUCAAAUUUUUCAGAGGCAGUUUUUUCUUUAUGAUAACAUGCACUGAUAAAUCAAUUAAUAAUUAGACCGGGAACAUGAGUUAUGUGAGUAAAUACAGGAAAUACUCCAGGUGUUUACUGUUUAUGUGCAAUACGGAGCUUCUCAUAAAUGUCUAGUUAGUCAUCAGUCAUAAGAGUAUCAUUUUUGGGAUGUGGAGAGAAUUGUUGUUUUUAUUAUUUUCAUGCUCAGCAGUUUUUCUGUCAUGUGAUCAGUCAAACAUUUGAACACAAACUCCAUUUAUGUUCCUCGUGUUCUUAAAAAACAUUUUGAUCUAAAUGAGUCUAAACAGUUUAGUAAACAAAAAUCAGCUUUUUAUUAUAAAUUAAUAAAAACAGCUCAAAUAUAAGAAUCUUCAUUUGUGUAACCGGGUUUGAUCACUGCAUUAUUCCUCAAGGCUCAACGCUAGGGAUUUUUUCUACUGGCUUGGCCCACAAAAAAUAAAAUAGUUGUUAUUGUUUUUAACCCAUGUUGUCUUGUAUUAAUAAUAAUAAUAAUAAUAAUAAUUAGCUUAUAUGGCAGUGACACCAAAUUUUGAACUCAAUUCCAAUUUUGAUACCACAGCACUAGCCUAACAAAUAUAAAGUUCAAACAUUAAUAAAGACAAGACAGCAGCUGAUAAAUUAAGCGUGGCCUCUUUAAACACAAUGCAUGGAUCCAAUAUAGUGAUACACGUCUGAUUUAAUUCGGAGCCCAAGAUGCAACCAACUGUUUUUGAAACUCACCAAGAUGGUUAUUUGACAUACUUUUGUAUGUAUUUCUCCGUUCAAGCACGAGAAGAAGAGGAAAGAAUUACAAUAAGAGGUUCACACGUUGACUGAGACGUGAUAUUAUUAUUAUUAUAAUAAAGAUAUUAUUUGUGUCUUCUUGCGCUUGAAUGCUUUAAAAUCGCUUGAAUGUUCAAAUUGGCCAGAUGUAUUUCUCUGUUAAAGCGCAGUAAGUCUAGAGAGAGAACUUCGCACAGAACACAGCACGCAAAUACUGAAUUGCGUUCUUUUGCAUGUCUUUUUGCACUCAAAUGCUUUAAAAUCGCUUGAAUGUUUAAAUAGGCAAGGCAUAAAAAUGUGCAAAUAUUAAACUUUGAUGACAGUGACCAGAUUGCUGGCCUCGACCGUCCUUAUCGUCGAGCCCCGUUCACAGAUUUAUAUUUGGGCAAUUUUACACAUUUAACUAGCAUUCUAACAUGAAGAAAUUAAUGCAUCGAUGCGUCUAAACAUUUGACUACUAGUGAAUGUAAUGAUUGACUCCAUGUGUAACCUUGUGUAAUUGUUAUUUCCAAAGGACUAGUGAUUUGUAACCCUUGCUCUGUGCUGAAAAUCCUUUGGUGUUCCUCGUCAAAUAUAACAUUUCUUUUAAAAAAAAAUAUUUCUGGGUCAGAAAUAAUGACUGAAACAACAUGAGGGUCAAGAGUUGUGUUGUGGGGUCUGCUGACCGACUCAUGAUUUAUUCAGUGUUUUUUCAAAAUAAUCAAUGAAUUGUUUUAGAUUUUAGAACAGACUGUGAUGCUCCAAAAGCACAAUUAUACAUGAAUUCAUACCGUGAUGGCUUGACUGUGUUUGUAUGAUGUGAGUCAUUUUUAUUUAUAUCAGCAAUAUGCAUCAGCAGUGGUAGAUAUGAAUGUAUAAUGGGGAGGUGAUGGGUAGAGCCAGGCUUAACCACUGCUGCUAACUUGGUUUAUAUAUAGAAACAUGUGUAAAAUUUGCUUCAAGAUGUUUAUUUAUUUUCUCUUCUGUACUUUCUGAUUUAUAUUUUUGUAUUCAUUGCACUGUGAACUUCCUUAAAAUCUAAAAACGUUCUAAUCUCAAUAGAAAAAAAACUGAAUUCACAAUAGAUAUGCUUAUAAUAAGAGUCCAUGAGCAUCUGUAUGAAGAGGAAGUGGGCGAUCACACCCACUAUCUGACAGGAUCUGACACCCCGCCUAUAACCUCUGAAAAGGUUAGCGAAUUGGAACCAAUGUCUCUACAUGUCAUGAUCAAUACAUCAUUAGUCAUUUAAACCCUCAAGUGUUGGAGGAUGUACCAUUGCACACACUGAUUACUGUGGAAAGUAUCAGAAUAAAGUCUUUUAAAACCACAA